GUGACGGUGAACUGGUUCUUGCGGAUGUUUCAGAAGCGACUGACCUUAUGAUAAGGAGAAAGAGUUGAGUGCUAUAGAAACAGACAUGAGCUCCAAAACUCUGCCGAAAGCUGAGCUGAUAGCGGCCGUGUCUCUGGCUGCUGGAACCGUGGCAGUUGGCUUUCUGGCUUACAGGACCUUCUUCUCGAAGGAGAAGUGCUGUAAGGACAGGGUCAACCUGGACAUCCAGAAGGACAACCCGAAGGUUGUCCAUGCCUUCGAUAUCGAGGACCUGGGGGACAAGGCGGUGUACUGCCGGUGCUGGAGGUCCAAGAAGUUCCCAUUGUGUGAUGGUUCCCAUACAAAACAUAAUGAGGAGACUGGGGAUAAUGUCGGCCCUCUCAUUGUGAAACGAAAGGAAGCAUGAAGAAUCACCCUUCCUACAAAUGUUACUACAGAUGCACUGUUGUUUGCUUGUAGAUGCAGUUUAUUGGAGUCUUAAUUGCAAGGAUCCAGUAUAUGCCGUUGUAUGCAUAUUUGGUCAGUAUCUAUCUUAUUUGGGUUCAUUAACACUACAGUAGCACAUCUAUAUGUGAUUUGUAAAACUUGCAUUGUUGGUGUGAUUGUUGUUUCAUCAAAGCUGGGAAAAUGGGAACCCUGUUGAGUUUACAUUGGUAACAAUUCUGUAAGCUGGUACUAAAACAAGUCUCCAUUUUUGAUAGUCAAAAGGAGGACUUUUCAACUUUUCAUGUCAUUGCGAAUCCAUAGCUUAAAUGGCAAGUAUUGGGGUUUCCUUAAAAUGAUCUAUGUAACUUUUGAUAGUGGGCAAUUUAAAAUAAGCAAUUUAUAAAAUAGCUCUACAGUUUUCACCCAGCACAUGAAAUCAUUACUUUAAAGAUUUGUGAGUAUUAAUCUUGUUUGAACCUUUUUAGAUUAAUUUUUCACUACAUGUAUCUUACCUCUGUUGAAAAACUGAAGGAUUUUGGAAAUGCAGAUUAAACUAAAAAGACGGGUCUUUCCUUUUAGUUUAAUGAGGCUUAAUUUACUAGAAUACACUACUUUUAAAAUGGCUUAAACAAUUAGCAUAUUCAAAAGAUGUAUUUUCAAAACAGUAAUUUUUUAAAAGCUGGUAAAUCAUUAAUUGAUUGGUCAACUUAACACAUCUACACUAAAUCAUAUUUCUCCUUUGGCUGACAAUGUUUUGCAAAGUGCUUUUAAGAUUUGAAGACAUCCAUUCGUAUUUGCGGAAAGGGUGUAUGAGGUGUUUAUAAAAAGAAAUCGAAUAGCAGUUUGUAGAAGAUUAAGCUAUCCAGGUAAAGACAAAUAUGGUGUACUGUUUGUCAUUUUAGUGGGUAUCAAAAUAAGCUUGAGCUAAAGUGCACUUUAUGGAUCUGAUUGGGAUUUUAAAAUGGUCGUACGGUCUGUUAUACCAACAUACCCAACUUUAAAAAAAAAUAAAAACUAGAAAUAAGUGGCCAGUGUGCAGACUUUUAGAAAUGAUCACUGUAGAUGUUUAGUGUUUGUAAACCAGAACGGGCAAGGACUAUAUUUAUUUUAACAUCUAUGCCCAAUGGCCAUAUAAAGUGCAUUUUUUAGAUUAAAUACAAUUGGAUUGCCAGGUAAAGAAUUUCAUGUUUUUAAGGUCUCAAAAACAUGUACACUAUUCUUUUAAUGUAAUCUGAGAAUGAUAAAAUCUGUGAAUUAGAUUUGCUUUGAUUCACCGAGAAGCAGUGUCUUUGUUAAAUAAGGUGCUGUUUUCUUGCAUUGGCAUGUCAUUGCUUUUAUUUGACACAACUAUGGCCUUGGAUGUUUACCUCCUGGUUUUGUUUUGGUAAAUGUCAGGUACACAAGCUAUCUCACGACUUAAUGGACAUCGUGUGUAACUUUUAGGAUAAAGAUUACUGCCUUUUUUUUAGUUAUUUCAAUUUCAGGUUAGGUGUUUGGAAAAGCUACAGUAUGCAUUGAAUGCAGGAAAAUGAACAGGCUUAUGAGCAACUCAUCAUACAGUUUUGACAAAUUACCAUGUCUACAGAUGUAUAUGUAUGGGGAAAAAAAUAAUAGUUCUGUGUGUUCUUUUCAAAAUUGUAAUUAUUUAUUUAAGUUUUUACUUGUCAAAAUCUUUCAUUGAUUUAUGAUUGAACUAUUAGUUUUUUCUGGUGAGAUGGUGUGAAUGGUACAGUAACAGGUUUGAAGCCUCAGAUGAGGUUGAGUUAAUGAUUAAUGUAAAUCAUGAACGUUCCAGUGUGUUAAGUGUUUCAAAAAAGCAUAAAAUGCUUUUUUCAUGCAAUGGCAAAUAAAAACUGAUUUACAUGGACA